ACAAAUUCACAUAUUACUCCCACUGUUAAUGUCUAACAGACACUGGACAGAGUUAGGAAAGAUUGCAGCAAACACACACGCACACUAUGCACUCAAGGGUGUUGUUGGACUGUCCCUUUUGCACUUGCUUCGCUUGUGGGGUGGGGAGGAGCUGAGAGGAGGUCGUUUUGUUGUAGGCGUUACUUGUUCAAAACUGCAACUGUAAACUCUGCACAGGCGCCUGUUUUCUGCCUGCUCGUGAACUUUGAACUUUGACUGGCAGUUGUCAUGUGUUUUUGUGUGUGUGUGCCUAAAAUAAUGUUGCCUCGAUUUGCAUUAACUAUCGGCUAACGCAGCGCUACUGCCUGCUGGCAGGUGACAGUCUCUCUCAUUCGCUCGCUCUCUCCCUCUCUCUCGUCUCCACCCGCUGCCUGCCGCUCUUUGUGCAGUGCAGCGAGCGCAUGAAAAAGAAAUCGAUAAUUGCAAGGUUUCCAUUUCCACCACCACCAACACGAUGCGAUGAGCGCGCACAAUUUGCACAAGUAUACAGAUUUUUAUUGCUGCAGCUAGCGCAGAGACCAGGCCAGACCAGACCCAUUCAAAGUUUAGUUGCUCUUUCUCGCGUGGCGGCCGAUCAAAUUCCAACAUGUGUUUGACCAUUGCAAAGAGCAGCAAGACCAAUGCUGCUCACCAAUACCAAUACAUUCACAUUCGUACAUGUGUGUGUAUGUUGUGUGCCUCCGCCAUUGCCUUGGUGAGAGAUGGCGUUGCCAUCGCCGCAACUUGCAUCCACUUUAAUUUUUUUUUUUACCUUGUGCUUGCUGCUUUCUAUGCCCGCUGUGGUGUGUCUCUGUCUUCUUUGUGCUUCUUCUCGUUUCCGUUUUGACAGCAGCAGCAAAAACUAACCAUUUCACCACCACUUGCAGAGAAUAUACACGAAUGUAAAUAACUGCAUGUGUAUGCGUGUGUGUGCGUGAGUCAAGUGUAAGGUGAGGUGAGUGGAGCGGUGGCAAGGUGUAUGAGGAGGCGCCGACGCCGCCGUAAAGUGUAACCGUGGCAGUGUUGCUGCCAGCUACUCGUCUGUUUAGUUUCUGAUUUUCAGUUUUGUCGAUUUCAUUAUGUACUGCAAUAUCUCGCUGUUCACUGCUCGUGUGGACUCGUCGUGAGUGUAGCGCCUGAGUGUAGGUGAUUUCAGUCUCACCUCAUUCAAUGUCUCUCUCUUUCGCUCGGCCUCUCUCAUUGCGACUGUUCGACAGGGUGUUUGAGUUGAGGCUGACACGUUGUUUCCGUCUCUUUGCUAUAUGCAGGUAGUCAUGACUCUUAAAACACCCUGUUGUUGGACAACGUUCAUUGGACAUUCAUGCUGCCGACUCUGUCUCACAUCAUACGAAUUGUAACGGCUGUGCCUUUUGCACUUACGUAAGCUUUACGUGAACCAUUUUUUCUGCACUUUGAUUUUGUUAAACAUUUUCUUUUCAAUUUUUUCACAUUAAAAUGAUAGGAUUCAAAUGCCGACUAUUAAAUAUUUGCUCCGUGCACUGUGUUUCAAUUUCGAACAUUUUUCUAGCUCUCAAAAUACAGCAUGUUUUAUUCCGCAUUCAGUCGGCCGUUUCCACGAAAUGUUUUCUGCCACACACACCACACACAGAUUGCAAUUUGAACAACGUACAGCAACAAGACGAAGACUCGCUGCUUGCUACAUGUGCUGGCUUGUGUGUAGAUAUAUAUAUAUAAGCAUAUAUGUAUAUAUAUUUAUGUAUUUACUUAUUACUCAUAGCAGAGGCAGCGGCAGCAGCAGCAGCAUUUUCCCCAUUUUUCUUAUGUUGUUCGCUCGAUGUUGUUGCGCUGCGUUGCCGUUGCUGUUGCCUCCCUGUUUUUAAUGUGCUGCUGGCUGUUUGUCGUGUCCUCCGUUGCCAUUGUAGCAGCAAUAGUAGCAACACAGCAGUCACGAAAAUGAAAAUGAAGAAUUCCAAAGCAACACUGCGCGCGCGCAUUUACUCCUCUCCCGCUCAUCCACCCGUUUCUGCUGUUGCUGCUAGCGCCGCUCUCUCUACCUCGAGUUUCUCUCUCGCGCUCUUUCUCUCUGUGUGUGUCCGCAUUUCGCGCUCUUUUGUUUCUUUGCUCACACUGGCCCUCGUCGUUUAAUCGAAAAUGUUUGCGGCGGCGUUAAGACGUACGAAAACGUUUCCUCGCCAAAUUUUUGUGAAUAUCUGUAGAAAUUCACUGGGAGGAAAAUUGCUAAAAAGUGAAUUUCAAUUAAAUCGUGUACAAUUUUUAAAAUCACAUCCGUUUGCCGCGUAGCAUUUUGUAAAUAAGCUCAAAUUGUAGUCGAAGCUGAAGCGUAAAUAUAUAAUAAUUGUGAAAAACUGCUCCAAUACAUACAUACAACCAAAAAAAAAAAAAAUCCAUGUACUAAAGAAGAAAAAGGUGAAAAGUUGUACAGUGUGAAAAAUAAUGCUAGUGCAAAAUACUGCGUAAAACGUGAAAGUUUUGAAUAACAAGUCAAAUCAACGGUUUAUAGUAAAUACUCUUGUGUAUGUAUAUAUGUAUAUGUGCAUACAUACACUUUACGAAUACAUACAUACAUACAUAGAUAGUUACACCGUUUCUGAUUGAGUGCGAUUGCGAGAGAGCAACGUAACUGCGACUGCGACGUGGCAGCGCCAAAAGCACACUACUACUAACCACAACAACAAGAAGCAAUCUGUGCAUUUGACGUUGAGGUAGUUUUUGGUGCACAUACAUUUUGUUGCCUUCCUGCGUGCCCCGCUAAGCGCGGACUGGCCGCGUCCACAUACCCAAAUGCAUAGACAACAAAGGCAGCAACAGCAACAGCAAAAAGAACAACACAUGUUGUAUAGUAGACGGCGAGCAGAGCAAGUGCUGCAGUCCGGUUCGAGUUUGAGUUUAAAUUCAAUAUACAGUUACCAGUUGCGACCACGAGUCUAUUACAUACGUUCCUAGAGAGCGUUACGUUCUAGCACACAUCCACUCGACGGAGGAGUUCAAUCCCCCUCCCUGGAGAGGAGAGCACAACAGCAGCAGGCAAAUCAAAACAAUAAAUAAAACACCAGCAGAAAAAAAAAGAAACAAAUCAAGCAUGAUGAAACGCACGCGUAUCGAUGAAGUCCAAUUUGGCACACGUCCCGGCCCAGGACCAGGCGGAGUAGCCGGUGGUGCCAAUAGUGGCACAAAUAGCGUGGGCGUCAAUACAGCUGGUGGCGUUACGAUUGGCACUGUCGUUCCGAAUGCACAUAGUGCCACAAUUAGUGGCAUUGGUUCGAUACAUCAUCGGAUAUUGACGCCACAGCAUGGCGGGGCACAGACCAUUGCCUACUUGCCAUCGACAACACCGACGGCAACGAAUCUGAAAACAACGAGCAGCAGCAGCAUUGUCGAUAGCGCCAGCACUCAAACAAAUCCAACAGGAGCGGGACCAACAGGACCUGUUGGAGGCGGUGGUGUUGGUACCGUCGUUGGCAGCGUUGUCGUCUCCACGGGCAGCGCUGGCACUCAAACCUUGCAGUAUACCACAUCUUAUAGCGUUGCCUCCAUCCAAGCGGGCGGCACGCUAAAGACCAGCACAGCAGAUGGCGGCAAUGCGGUGCAAAUACACGUCACUGCCGGCGGCACGCCAGCUACAGCGGGAGUGGCAGGAGCAGGUGGAGUUGGUGUAGGAGUGGGAGGCGGCUCCCAAACCGUAUCCAGCAGCUGUCAGACGGCAACGAUACGUCAGCGCACCAUUAGCGGCACCCAAACAAAUGCCAGCGCCAGUCUGACGACAACAGCACAGCAGACAACGCAACCCUCAGCACAACAACAGCAACAAACGCCACCCAAUGGUGGAGCAGCAGCUGCAGCCGCAGCAGCAGCCGGCAACAGUACACCACCCCAGGCUCAGGGGCAGACAGCAGCUGGUGGUGGCGGGGCAGCGCCGCGUCUUAAAGUCGAGGAUGCGCUCAGCUAUUUGGAUCAGGUGAAAUACCAGUAUGCGGAUCAGCCGCAGAUCUACAAUAAUUUCCUGGACAUAAUGAAGGAGUUCAAGUCGCACUGCAUCGACACACCCGGCGUCAUUGAGCGUGUCUCAACGCUCUUCAAGGGCCAUACGGAGCUCAUCUAUGGAUUCAAUAUGUUUCUGCCGCCUGGCUAUAAGAUCGAAAUCCAUUCCGAUGCGCUUGGCUGCUCCGUGCCGGUUGUCUCAAUGCCAUCGCCACCUGGAGCGCCCACCAGCACUGGAACGGUUCACAUGAUUGCCGCCGCCGGUAACAGUCCGCUGGCGAGCGGUGUGAAUGCGCACACAACGCUCAAGUCGCUGACACAGGCACCAGGUCCGGUUGGUGGUGCAGCUGCUGCAGCGGCCGCUGCGGCUGUGGCACAGAUUCAAACGGCUGGCGCCGUCAAUUUGAUGACACACGGUGGCGCCUCGCUUACCCAAACGACAAUACACGCCCUGCAGCCGGGUGCAGGAGCAGCUUCCACAGCUCAGUCACCGGGCGGUGGUCAUGUGCACGUCACCAGCAGCUCGGCAGGAACGACGGUAGCGCCGCCACCAGGCGUAGUCGGUGUCGGAGUCGGUGUAUCGCCAUAUGUGCCACAGAAUUACUCAAGGGAUCGUGGUGCAGCUGCUGCUGCUGCUGCGGCGGCUGCUGCUGCUGUUGGCGGGGAGCAGCGAGCGACAAUAACACCCACUGGACCAGCUGGCACUGUUUCCUCAUCGAAUAUUGCCGUUGGGCCACCAACGCCAAACUCACUGAACGAACUAAGUCCACACACGACGGGUCCCGCUGCCCAGCACAAUUUGCAUCACAUCCAGCAGGCGCAUCAGUCCCUGCUGCUGGGCGAGACGACGGGCCAGCAAAAUCAGCCGGUGGAAUUCAAUCACGCCAUAACCUAUGUGAAUAAAAUCAAGAAUCGUUUCCAAAGCCAGCCGGCCAAGUAUAAGAAAUUCCUGGAGAUCUUGCACGCCUAUCAAAAGGAGCAGAAGGUGAUGAAGGAGGGCAGCGGUGCCAACAGCGGCCUCAAUCCCGGCAAAAUGCUAACCGAACAGGAGGUGUACACGCAGGUGGCCAAACUCUUUGGCCAGGACGAGGAUCUGUUGCGUGAAUUCGGUCAAUUUUUGCCCGAUGCCACCAAUCAUCAGUCAUCCGCUGCUGCCGCACAAUACAUGUCCAAAUCAUCGUCGGCCCUCCACAACGAUCAUCACAAUAAGCAACAGCAGCAGCAGCAGCAACAACAACAGCAGCAGCAGCAGCAGCGGACGACAACAACGGCAACAUUGAGCGGUGGGGCGCACAUCAGUAUGUCAACGGCAUCGCCGUCGGCGGCGGUGGCUAACAGUGGUUCGCCGCUGCAUCAUUUGAGCAGUGGGGCGACGCUGUCACAGAUCGAUAGCAGCAGUGCGCAUGCGCAUGCCGCUGCCAUUGGCAAUCUGUCGGCGGUGAAUACCAGCGUCAGCAUCAAGUCCUGUGCCGUUCAACAGAAUCACAUCAUCAGCAGCGGCAGCAUCUUUGAAAAGGACUUUCACGGACUCAGCGCACAACAACAGCAGCAACAACAAUUGCAACAGCAGCAGAGGCAUCCGGGUUUGCCGCCCCCACCUCAUCUGCUGGCCACGCAGACGACGGCGGGUGGACUGCGUGGUGGCGUUGCUGGUGUCCUCGAUCAGCGGAACAAUCAUCAUGCCCAGAAGUAUGUGGCCCAGCAUCAUGCGAACAUGUCGCAGAAGAAAUCGCCCAGCUAUGGGGGUGCUGGUGGUGGCAUCACCAAUCUGCAGCAUCUGCAUCAUCUCAACGACAAUUCGCUGGAUCGCAAUUCGCCCAACAUGGCCAGCUAUGUGACAGCGGCUCAGCAGCAGCAACAGCUAUCUGCACAUCCGCAUCCACAUCCUCAUCACAAUACGCACAAUUCGAGCAGCGGUGGUCGCAGGCAGGUGAUGGAUGACCUGACGGUGGGUGCAUCAAUUGCGGGUGCUGCUGCUGCCAUUGCUGGUGGUAAUCUCGGUGGACCGCCGCCUGCGAAACGACCCAAGCCAUAUUGCCGGGAUGUCAGCUUCUCCGAGGCGUCACGCAAAUGCUCCCUCUCCGAUAUGGCGUUCUUCGAUAAGGUGCGCAAGGCGCUGCGUAAUCCGGAGGUCUACGACAACUUCUUACGCUGCUUGACGCUCUUCAAUCAGGAGAUUGUCUCCAAGACGGAACUGCUCGAUCUUGUUUCGCCGUUCUUGAAGAAGUUUCCCGAUCUGUUGCGGUGGCUCACCGAUUUCCUGGGUCCGCCCACAGCUGGCCAGGUGGGUGCUGGUGGUGGUGUAAUCGAUGGCCUGCCACUCGCCGCCACACAGCGUCAGCAGCAGCAGCAGCAACAAGGGGGCAGCAACAGCGAGCGGGCGAGCAGUCAUCAGAGCACCGAUUAUGUCCAGGACGUGGAUCUGUCGCUGUGCAAACGGCUUGGCGCCUCAUAUUGCGCCCUGCCCCAAUCCUCUGUGCCGAAGAAGUGCAGUGGACGGACAGCUCUGUGCCGCGAGGUGCUCAACGAUAAAUGGGUCUCGUUUCCCACAUGGGCCAGUGAGGAUUCCACAUUUGUCACUUCGCGCAAGACCCAGUUUGAGGAGACUAUCUACAGGAAUAUUCACAGAACGGAGGACGAGCGUUUCGAGUUGGAUCUGGUCAUUGAAGUUAACAGCGCAACGAUUCGUGUGCUGGAGAAUGUACAGAAGAAGAUGUCGCGGAUGUCGCCCGAGGAUUUGGCCAAAUAUCAUUUGGAUGAUCAUUUGGGUGGCACAUCGCAGACAAUUCACCAGCGUGCCAUUCAUCGCAUCUAUGGCGACAAGUCCGGUGAGAUUAUCCAAGGCAUGAAAAAGAAUCCCUCAGUUGCGGUGCCCAUUGUCCUCAAACGGCUCAAGGUCAAGGAGGAGGAGUGGCGGGAUGCCCAAAAGAACUUCAAUAAGCAGUGGCGCGAACAGAAUGAGAAAUAUUAUCUGAAAUCGCUGGAUCAUCAGGCAAUCAAUUUCAAGCCCAACGAUAUGAAAGCGUUGCGCUCCAAGAGUCUCUUCAACGAGAUCGAAACGCUCUACGAUGAGCGUCAUGAUCAGGAUGAUGAUCCCAUGGAGCCGGCCGGGCCGCAUCUGGUCUUGCCCUACAAGGAUAAGACCAUACUGGACGAUGCGGCCAAUCUGCUGAUCCAUCACGUCAAACGGCAGACGGGUAUCCAGAAGCAGGAGAAGCAGAAGAUCAAACAGAUCAUCCGACAAUUUGUGCCUGACCUAUUCUUUGCGCCACGACACCCGCUCAGCGAUGAUGAACGCGAUGACGAUGACACUAAAAUGGACGUCGACUCGCCGCUGAGUCGCGCUCCCAAAAUCAGCAGUAGCAGCGGCGGCGGCACUCCCAACGAAGUCGCAUCGCCGGCUCGAAGCAAUGCGAGCAGCAGCAGCGGUGGCGCCACAGCCGCCACUGCAUCACCAGCAGCAGCAGCAACAACUGUGGCUGCCAUUAAAAAAGAGUCGGAAGAGUCGUCCAAAGCGGCGUUGUCUGCAACAACGACAGCAGUUACAACAACAGCAGCAUCAUCUACAACAACAACAGCAGCAGCAGCAACAACAACAGCAGCAACACUAACAACAACUUCAACAGCAGCAGCAAAAUCAGCUGACGAUGCCACGCCGUCCACCUCAACAGCCGCAGCAGCAGUGUCAGCAGUUGAUAUCAAGGAAAAACCCGAGUCAGAUGCUGCGCACAAAGCUGGCGAGGAGCAGCCUUCCAGCACAGCCAACAGUAGCAGCAGCAACAACAAUAACAAUAGCAGCAACAACACUGUGAAUGCAACCAGCAGUAGUCCCAAGCGAAGCGACGAUGUUGCAACAACAACUACCCCAGGUAGCGAUGUGACUGUGAAGCAGGAACUGGAACACUUUGUGCAUCCACCGUUACUACCACCGCAUGCACAAGGACAACGUGAGGAUGAAUCCUAUUCACUAUUCUAUGCGAACAACAAUUGGUAUCUGUUCCUGCGACUGCACGCCAUCCUCUGCGACCGAUUGCACGUGAUGUACGAGCGCGCGCGUCUGCUGGCCAUUGAGGAGGAACGUUGCCGGGUGAAUCGACGCGAGAGUACAGCGACAGCGUUGCGCUUGAAGCCUAAACCAGAUGUGCAGGUGGAGGACUAUUAUCCCACGUUCCUCGAUAUGCUGAAGAAUGUGCUUGACGGCAACAUGGACUCGAACACCUUUGAGGACACGAUGCGUGAAAUGUUUGGCAUCUAUGCCUACAUCUCCUUCACGCUGGACAAGGUUGUUUCGAAUGCCGUGCGACAGCUGCAGUAUUGUGUUACGGAGCGUGCUGCUCUCGACUGUGUGGAGCUAUUUGCCAGUGAACAGCGACGCCACAGCACUGGCGGCUAUUGUCGCGACGCCCACAGGAGCUACGAGCGCGAGAUGGGCUACCAGCGCAAGGCGGAGAACAUACUCAACGAGGAGAACUGCUUCAAAGUGUACAUUUACAAGAUCGACUGCCGUUUGACCAUCGAAUUGCUGGACUCGGAGCCCGAGGAAGUUGAAAAGCCAAAUGUGGCAAAGGCGCAAAAGUUUAGCAAAUAUGUGGAUCGUCUGACGAAUCCAGCAAUGGGUGCCGGCGCUAGCAGUAACAGCAGCAGCAACAACAAUAACAACAGCAACAACAACAAUAAUAGCAAUAGCAGCACUGGCGGCAACAAUGCAACAGCAUCUUCCAACACUGACAAUCUGAUGGAAACGUCCGACAUCAAAGCGGAGGAGGAAGAGGAGAAUGCCGAGCUGUUUCGCGGCGCACGCAAAAGGCGUUUUCUGCUGCGCAACAAGCGCCGCUCGCAGCUGCAUGAGGAGCAAGUGCGUCAGCUCUUUGAACAGAAGCGCAUCUGCAGCGGCGAUACAAAUGCAACUCAUACGCCCACUGCUGGUGCCGCUGCCGCUGCCGGGGCGACCGGGAUGACAGGCGAGGCGGCAGCAAAUGCCAGCAAUAGCACCAAUAAUAACAACAACAACAAUAACAAUAACAACAAUAAUAAUAAUAACAAUAACAACAACAGUUGGAAUAAACGCGCACCGGAACGCUUGGGCGCCCCACAAUUGGGGCUGGCGGAGCAGUAUGCGAUCAAUGAUCGCGACGAGAUCAGCACCAAUGCCAGCAAUGGACGCUGCUUUGUGACCAGCAAGAAUCUCAAUCUACUCAAAUACGAUGCAGUGCGUCGUGCCAAGAAGAGUCACUGCCGAGUCACACAGGCCAAGUACAAGCGUUUCCAUGGCUAUGUGAAUCGUUGGCUGCAACAGCAUGUGAGCGAACAGCAGCAGCAGCAUUGCAACGAAUGGCUGAUGGGCAAGACGCCGGAGCAAAUCAAUGCCAGCGGCUGGGGCGCCACCAGCAAGACCAAAUCACUGCAGCAAAAGGAUACGUCAAAGACGCCUUAUCGCAUCUAUACGCGCUACAAGGUGCUACAACCAUCCAGUAGCAGCGGCAGCAACGCAAAUGUACCUGUCGCAACUACAACAGCAACAGCAGCAGCAACAAUUGCAGCAAACAUACCAGCAACAGUUGCCGCCGCUGUGGCAGCAGCAGCAGCGGCAACCACUGUUACAUCCAGCACACACUCGAAUCUCAAUAAUGCCAUCAGCAGCAGCAACAUUUUAAAUGCCGACACAACGACAACAUCAGCAACAGCAACAACAACAAAUGCACCUCAACAGCAUUGCAAUAGUGCGGCAGCAGCAGCAGCAGCGGCCACAGCUGGCAAUAAUGCGGAGGCAGCGUUGCAGCAAGUGCGACCCAUGGAAAGCUAACCGGCAAUCGUUGCAACCGUUGCCGCCACCUGGGCACAAAAUGCGGCAUGCAUGUGAAGCUUCAAGUGUUAAUAUAAAUAUUAUAAAUUGUGAUAGCAGUUCUUGGACACAGUUUAAGCAGAAUAUAGCCUGCUAUUGAGAUAAUGUGUGUGCGUGUGUUUGUGUGUGUCGAGCCAGAUCUAAAUCCAAACCGUAACCGUAACCUAACCGCAAUCGGUAGUUAAAACCGGUGGCAAAAAUCCAAGCUCUACUUUUUCAUGCUGUACAAAAAGUCAUUUAAAUUCUAGGCGUAGUAUUGCUCCUAAUAAUCAUAUUUCUAGGCUUACUACUACAUCAACUUUUGAGUAUCGCGUUUAGUGUUAGUUUAUUUAAUUAUACGGCAGCGUUUCUAGCUAUAAGUGAUUCAUAUGUACACACACACACAUACAUACACAAACAAACACAAUGAUCGUCGUUGAGAAAUAGAAAUCCAUACCCGUGUAAACCCCACAAGAGUUGUUGCGAUCCUUAGCAUGCUAAAUAAAACACACAACACACAUUUUAAUAAUUAACUGGAAUCGUUUGUGGGGCGAAUGCGGGACGAGUUUGUGCUAAUUAAGUUAAUAUCAACGUCUGUUUAGCUUUUAAGAUUUUAUGAACCACACACAACUUUUAAUUUUACAACAAAAAAGUAACGUAUUUUUAUACAAAACAAACCUUGUACAAUUCCUUGUGAAUACUAUUGAUUACACGCCUAACCUUAAGCUUAAUUUAAGUUGUAAAGAUCAGAUGAGCCUAAUUAAAAAACAAAAAACACGUAUCAAAAGUGAAAA